AUGGCACGAAACAUUCGGCAAAAGUAUCCCCCGCCACCGGCCCGGGCCACUAAAAGGCGGGACUAUGAUUCGUCUUCCCUGGACCUCUCUGACGACACCGGCUAUUCCGGGGUCGAGGACGUCAGCGAUUCCGACGAUGAGGACGAGGAGCAUGUCGUUGCGGCCGAGGAGGAGCAUAUAAUAUCCAAUGCAUCGCGAAAGCGAUCAUCGGGUCCUCCUCGGCCGCUGAUGCAGGACGACGACGAAGAUGCAGAAGAUGAAGACAGCGAGGCUGAAGACGGAGAAGAAGAAGGGGAGUUUGAAGACGGUGAUGCUGCGGAUGAUAGCACAAGCUGGAACGGCAUUUCAUCGGACCAUGAUGACGACGUCUUGGGGGAGCGGUCUAGUGAUGUCGCCGAUCAGACUCCUACCGUCGAGCGCCAUGUUCGUUUCGCCGGAAUCCCGGACAGCGACUCCGACUCUACCACAAGCGAAACCUCGGACAGCAUUAAUGAUUUCUUUCCUGACAUCUUUGUGGAUCAGAGCACCCUGGACCCUUCUUUCCGCCGCGAGAUUGAGGAUGAUGAUGAUGCUUCCUCAAACAGCUCGUUCUGGGAUUUUCACAGUAGUUCCCAGGACAUCCUCGUACCCGACCCUGGAGAGGUGUUCGAAGAUCGUGAUGCCACCCCGAUCGCAACACCCAGGGUGAGCGAACUCCCUUCCGAGCUGUCAACACCUGUCCCUGCAGAAGUGCAGGACCUCGAUGGAUAUGAGACCGAUGGCGACACCACGGAGGAGGACGAGCCGGAACCGAUCGUGCGCAAGAAGCAGAUGCGCCGGGUUCAGGCCGAGCUGUCGUCCGAUUCAGAUACAGAGCGGCCAGUUCGGUAUGGACGCGGGAAGCCGCGUGUUGGUCGCUUCAACCUGGACAGGUCCGAUAACAAGCCAAUAGGCGUUGUCGAUCCGGCCUCUGGGAAGAUGAUCAUCUUCACCCCACGCAGAAUGAAUCAGCUGGAUCUCUCGCCCGAGUCGCUCCAAGUCGAUUUUUCCGCACCGGAUCUCUCUUCAUGCACGCCGCUGGUGAGAAAUCCAGGCUUCAUCAUGAUGGGUGCCAUGGUCUCCUCCAAUACCUAUGGCGAUUUCAUGAACAUGCAGCCGUUUGGACCUGCCGAGGCAUUCUUCCCCUGCACUUCAGAUGCGCUGACCGGAGACGAGAGCGAUGAUUCUUUCUUUGCGGGUGUCGAGGAAGACGAGGAAGAAAACAAACUCCGGCUCGAAGAUUUCCUCACAAUCGACAACGAUUCGUCGGACGAUGAAGGAUCAGGACCCGACUGGAACGGAGAUGCUUCUAGUCCUACCCGGCCCAAGACGGCUGCCAGUACCGCGAGCGGAAUGACCGAUUCUCCGGCGGUCCAUCCCCUGCUCAGCCAUUUCGACAACAAUUCGGAUCUCGUCGGCGCUUUCCGUCGCAACCAGAUCAAUCAACAGCUCAUCUCCAGCGCCAAAGCGACGCAAGAAUCACUCGCCUUUUCUGGCCCCUACUAUCACGGGACACUCAGAGGCAUCAAGUCGGGCAGCAUGGGGACCGUUACGACAGCCAUCACCCCAGAGCGCCGGAGAAGAAACAGCAUGGUAGGGAUGAAUGGAUUCUCCGAUUUUCAGCAAAGCAGCCCACUCAACAUUAUUUCACAGAAGAGGAAGGCUUCAGGCAAUCACGCCGACAACAACAUGCACAAGCGACACCGGAGCAUCUCGGAUAUGGAGGUAUUGCAGAUUUGA